CGUUUUCCGAAGAGGGAAACAGUGGAGGGAAGAGUGGAGAGAGAAACAAGAGGAAACAGCAGGAGCGGAACGGGAAGAAACUGGUUGAUUUCGUAUUUCAUGUUCACCAAACAGUCAUCCAGCCAUUCCCAACGCAUUCCCGUGAUUUUUAAAAAUAGAAAGGCCAUCUAUCAAUCCACUCUCCCGCGCUAAACUUGUUCUAGAGCGGUAGUGGUGGAGAGGAGGAGGGACUCGAAAUUUGAUACGAAUCUGACGACGGAGGAGACAUUGAACCCUGCUCUCAGCCCGUCCCUACCAUUACGUCUGUUUUACAUACACCGCAGACACAACACUCUCUUUACAUAUUACGACUUUCUUUUGGAUAUCAAUUCCUUAGACAAACGGCUCCAAUCGUCGUGGCGAAUCUAGAAUCUGCAGCUCCUGCUCGCCACCACACCCCAUCUUCCCUCAAUAGCUUCAUCACUGCUCGCAACUGGCACCUCAAACAACGCUCUUGAACGCCGUCAAUCUAUCCCAGCGGCACCAGCCGCCACAAUGCCCAUCCAGAAGGCGGACAGGCAGCGACCUCCUCAUAUCACGAUCAACUCGGGGAGCGGGGGAGACAUUCUCGCCGUGGAACCACACAGCAACAGCAGUACCGACUCUAUAACAACCCGACAGCUCCUACCGCCGCAGCCAUUCGCAUCCUCGCCGCAUUCCAGCGGGACCGCAUCGCCAAUUUACGGACGGAGGCAGUUCCCCGAAAGCUCGGAGCUGUUAUUACCCCGCGGUGCACCAGCGGCCUAUCGCCCGUAUCGCGAUGUCUCGAAUGCGACGGACCCUUACUCGACACAUUCGUCGCGGCGGACGAGUGCGAGUUCGGAUGGGGGGAGAUAUGGACCUUUUGCUUCGCCGUUUGAUGAUAGGAUAGGAGGGCCGGAUGAUGAUAAUGUGAAUACGCAGACGGUGACGGAGAAGUAUAAUUGUGUGCCUACGCCGGGGUUAUUAGUGUUUCCGGAAGACGUGGAGUUAGACGAUGAGAUGCAUAACCCUGAUCCGGAUGAGAAGGAACAUAGGGAUGGGAAUAUUUGGACGAGGAGAGGAGCGGUUAAUCUUGGAGGAUUGGGGUUUCUUCUUUUGGGAAUGUUGUCGCUAUUUAUUAUAUGGCCGGUAUUAACUGUCGCCUUAAGGAAAAAGAAUGCAGGCCACAUUGGAUGCGAGGCGGAUCCGGAUUGUCUAUCAGAUUCAGUGCCACUAUUGAAAAAUAUGAGGACGGGCCUUAUUGACCCAGACACACCCGAAUCGGUGAAAACGAAGACUUCAAAGGAUGGAACGAAGCUAGAGCUAGUGUUCUCCGACGAAUUCAAGAAAUCCGGCCGCACAUUCUACGACGGCGACGAUCCAUAUUUCCAAGCAGUGGAUAUCUGGUAUGGAGCAACGCAGGACCUGGAAUGGUAUGAUCCAGACGCAGUUUCGACGGAUAACGGAACGCUCAAUCUACGAUUCGACGCCUUUCAAAGUCACUUCCUCAACUACAGAUCCGGUAUGGUGCAGUCAUGGAAUAAAUUAUGUUUCAAAGGCGGCCGUUUGGAGGCAAGCAUAUCAUUACCAGGGCGAGGCGACGUCGAAGGUUUCUGGCCCGGAUUUUGGGCAAUGGGAAACCUCGGGAGGCCUGGAUACUUGUCCACUACUGACGGUCUGUGGCCUUACAGCUACGAGGACAAGUGCGAUGUUGGUAUCACCAAGAACCAGAGUUCUACAGACGGUCUCUCAUUACUCCCUGGCAUGAGGCUUCCCGCCUGCACCUGCGCGGCCGAAGACCACCCCUCACCCGGCAAAUCGCGCUCAGCCCCGGAGAUCGACUGUAUAGAAGCCUCGGUGGACUUCCUCGAUCCCGCCGCUACCAGCAGCUACACAGGCACUGCAUCGCAGUCCUUCCAACUUGCCCCAUUUGAUAUCUGGUACCAGCCUGACUACAAUUUUAUCGAGCUCUAUGACCAGAAAGUUACGGGAAUGAACACCUAUCGUGGUGGUCCCUACCAGGAAGCUUUCUCCGCCGUGACGUUCCUCAAUAAUAAAUGGUACGACGGCAAUGCCUACCAGACGUAUGGCUUUGAGUACAAGCCCGGAGCUAAGGGUGACCUGGUCUGGUUCGUCGGCGACGAAUACACAUGGAAGAUCGAUCCGCGCGCGCUGAGAGCGAACGGAAAUAUCGGACAACGAAUUAUCCCCGAGGAGCCAAUGGCCAUGAUCAUGAAUUUCGGGAUGAGUAAUUCGUUCGCGCAGGUCUUCCUGGCUGAUCUGGCGAAGCUGAUGCCGGCGACUAUGCGCUUUGAUUAUAUCCGUAUCUAUCAGGAUCCGAACGAGAAGAGUGUGACGUGCGAUCCGGUUGGGUAUCCGACGACGGAUUAUAUCAAGAAUCAUCCGGAGCCGUAUGCCAAUCCGAACUUGACGUUGUGGGAGAAAACGAACUACGAUUGGCCGCAGAAUACCUUUGUUGAUGGCUGCAAAGCGUGAAUGGGGCGUAUAGAAGAUGUGGGUGAAGUGUUGAUAGAAAGCAACGAGAUUUUAGUCGCAUUGGAGGUGUACAAAAGAGUGUUUCCCCACCCGAAACAAGAUAAUCGCGAAGCAAUCGAGUACCGACAGGGUUCUCAUACUUGCAUAUUUUGCCAGUUAGGUACGUGUCAGGUUGAACAAAUGAGCCGGCAAGCUUGGUAGGAGUUUUUGGGAUUCGGCCGCAUUUAUGGCUAUAUAUGAGGAGUUCUGGAUAUGCCCUGGGAUAUAGAGACUUUGGAAAGAGGAUGAUGGAUGUAUGAUGACUUGUAGAAAGAAUAUAUGGAUGAGAUAGAGAACCCUUGAGUGGAGCGGGGAAAUAAAAUGUGAAUAUAUCCCAACCUUGGUUUUAUGCUUCGUAUCCGAGUAGGUGGGGACGGGAGAAAGACUCCAAUAUAUUGAACACGAGAGAGAGACGAGGG